AAACUUUAGUGAAUGAAAUGUGUAACAGUUGUAUUUGAGCAGCGCAAGCUAAAAGACGUAAAACGGAAAAUUAAAAAAAAGUAAUUAAAUAAAUACAAAACGGAAAUUUAUUAAAUCAAAGAAAAAAAAUUAAAGUGAUUUUAAAUAAAUUGAAAAUAAAUUGGACAUGCUUUUGGCAAAACAAAAAAUUUGGCAAUUAACUAAAAAUACACAGAGAACUUAAAGUUUAAAGUUACAAACAACAAAUAAGUGUUUUUUAAAGAAAAAAAUUUUGAAAAAUUUAGUUUUACGAAAAAAAUAAAAGAAACAUAAUGUUAAGUUUACAACUUAUAACAUUUGCCAGCACUUUGCUAUGUGCUCAUAUAGCGGCUAAACCCACUAAACCAGCAGCUUUGAUAACAACCCAUACAUUUGCUAUAAGCCCCGAAACUUUAGACGCCAAUGAACUGGCCUAUUGGGAGCAUUUAAAUAAAACCUGUUUAACGCGCGACUGUGACGAGCACGUGAAUGUCAAACACUUGCAACAUAUAGCCACACAUAUGAAUCGUGCCAUUAACCCCUGUGAGAAUUUUCACGCUUACGCCUGCAGCAACUGGCAGCAGCAGCAUACCGACCAACCGACGGUAAUGGACAUGGGAGAGCAACAAUUAAAUGAUAAAUUUGAGCAAAUUUUUAAAACUCAUCAAACUAAACUGAGAGGAGAUUUAAUUAUGCAUAAAAUGCAACAAUAUUUAGAGGUGUGUUUGCAGAGUGAGAGCGAAGAGAAAGCUUCCUGGCGCCAAUAUAUUAUAACUCUAAGAGAAUUGGGUUAUUUACAGUUUAACAAUCAAAGUAAUUGGCUGCAAACUUUAAGAGAGCUUAAUCUCUUUUCCAAUAGUCGUUUUUUUAUCUCUUUACAAAUAGAGCGUUUUAAUGCCUCUCGUUAUAUGCUGAGCAUAGAUCCUCAUAAUCUAAUGGAAAGAGUAAAAUUCUCUAAAGAAAUUUAUGAUAUUUUAAAAAUCUAUACCAAUGAUUCGUUUGCAAAACUAGAGAUGGAAUUUCGACAAUUGGAAUUGGAUUUGGAAAAUAUAUUAAAAACUUCCUGUCUCAAUGCCAUUGUAGAUGAAAACAAUGAAUGUGAUUUAAUGGAAUGGCUUAGUUAUGAUGAGUUAUUGCACAGUAAUAGCACUAGCAUUAAUUGGAAAUAUCUUUUAGCUGACUUUAUGCUAGAACCCACAGAUCAAAUAUUUGUAAAUGAUUUAUUAAAUUUAGAGAAAAUUAAAACUUAUCUGGAUAUUAGCUCACAAAAGACUUUAUUUUUAUAUGCUGUAACACGUUUCAUUAACUAUUUACAAUCACACAAUCACAAUAUCAUAGACAAGGGUUCUGAUUAUGCCUCCUGUUUAAGGCAUAUGCGUAAACAUUUUCCCUUAGCCAUGAAUUAUCUCUAUGAGUAUAUUUAUUAUGCUCCCAUUAGAUUACAAAGUGAUGAAGUUAUACAGCAGGUAUACUCUCAACUAAAAGAGCAAUUUUCUCUUAUCUUAGAUCGUAAUGAAAUGCAACUUAGCUCGGAUAGCAUACAGUAUUUAAAGAAAAAAUUAAAGUAUUUAGCCUUAAAUAUAGGCAAUCUGCCCACAAAUGCCUCGGCCCACUUUUAUGCUGAAUAUAUAGCAGAUUUAAAUGUUACACAAAAUUUUUAUGUUAAUCAUUUAAUGUCGUUGAAACAUUUCUUUCAACAUCAACGUUUAUUGGCUUCACCUUCGAAAUUUGAUAACUUCUGGUUUACUUUUAAUCUUCAUAUGCCCAACUUUCUAGAUAAUUUAGAUUCGACCCCAUACUACUUUAGCACGGCCAAUUUUAUAAUCUUACCUUUUGCCUAUCUGCAGUUACCUUUCUAUGAUCAUCGUUUUUGGCCCUCACUGUUAUUUGGUGAUCUUGCCAACACCUUGGGUCAUGAGCUAAUUCAUGCUUUUGAUUCCAAGUUUCUAGAGAAUGACUAUGCUGGUAAUUAUAAUGAUGUAGAAUCUUUAGCCAUAAUUAAUAAUAAAAAUUUUCAAUACAAUAUCGCUUGUCUUAGUAAACAGCCCACUAAAUACCUAACCGAGCGCAUAGCCGAUAUAAGUGGCACUCAUUUGGCUUUGAGAACAUUCAUUAAAGAUCCUCUCUUUCUUAAACAUAAUGGCAAAUUAUUUUUCAUACAAUUUGCUCAAUUUUUUUGUGGCUCUUCGAAUGGGGAAACAUUUGCUUUAACAGAUGAUUCUCAUGAUUUAGAUAGUUUAAGAUUAAAUUAUACACUUUCUCAUAUGCCCGAAUUUGCCGAAGUAUUUCAGUGUCCCUUAGGCAGUCCCAUGAAUCCAGUGGAAAAGUGUAAAUUGUGGUGAAUCGUUUUAUAAUGAAAUCUUAUAAUUUAGUUUAAUUUUACAACAAAAACACUAUUGUAUUUUCUUUGUACUUAUUAUAGUACUUUAAUGUAAAUUUAUUUAGACCAAAAUAUAAUUGUACUUAUAAAUAGUAAAAUUAGUUUAAGGGAAAAAUUUAUGGUAUUUUAGUUUUUACUCUAGUUUUAAUAGUAAUUUAUAUUUAUUUGUA